AUGUCAGAUGAUCGAUGGGCCAUGUUCUUGGGGGCCUUGAAGGGCUUGAGGGACACAGAGUACGUCUCGUGGGCAUGCAUCGCGGUCGCAAUCUAUGACUACUUCCUGACGUUUGUGGAGGAGGUCGAAUCGGUAUGGAGAAGUCGUUGGUCCAUCGGUGUAUCGCUCUUCUAUUUGAACCGAUACCUCGUCUUUGUCGACCAAGCUCUACUCGCGGAAUGGGCUAUCGUGAACGGUAUUAGCGUCUCGCAUGCCGAAUUCAGAACGAACCCGAACGGCCAAUGCUUAGUGACUGGCUCAGCGAACUAUGUGUUCUACACAUACCUCCUCAUUUGCAUCACUGAAUUUAUUACGAUUGGAUUCACGAUUGCUAAAGCUGGAGAACACAUCAGGAGAGCACGUUCGUCUUGGGUUGUGCAGCUUUAUCGGAGUGGAAUAAUCCACUGCAUCGUCAUCUUCAUCCUCAGCAUCAGCAACAUGGUUCUUCCUAAACUUGAUCUCCAGAACAGAAUCUACAUAGGAAUAAUGACCCGCCCUCAACGAGUGAUGGAAUCCAUCCUCUGCAACCGCGUGUUGUUCGUCAUCUUCAGGCAUCGGCGACGGAGAUCUAGAUCUCGGCAGCUGGGACAUGGACAUGGACAGCGCCGGGAUGGCGGUAAUAUCGAUGGUGGUGGUGAUGAUGAUGGAGACGAAGGGCAGUGGUACACCGAGACGCCGACGAUUGAGGGGGAGUUUUUUACGUUGACGGAUGUGAGGACUGGGGGGUGGUGGGUGGAGGAUGAGGAUGAGGGCGAGCACGAGGGCUGGGUUGGGGGAGGUAGUGGAGGAGGAGAGUGGACAGCAGGGAACAACGAUGGGUGCGCGGGCGAAUGGAACGAUAAAACGCGUCAUUUUUCUUCAGACUUGGAGAUGACCUCCGUCGGUCAGAGUAAACACGUUAGUUUGCACGACGGGGGAACACCACCACCUUCGUCUUCUAGUCGGACGUUCUCUUAG